AUGCCAGAUGGAGAAACUGAGGUUGAUCUGCUCGUUCCCGUCGAGAGUGCUCUCAACAGUGAUCCGAGAGUAUUUCGGGCGAAAGGCAUUGAUAGCUUACCCGCUAUCGGUAUUCAGCGAGGUGUUGAGAUCGCCGUUCCAUAUCGGUUAUACUUACCGCGGCGAUUUUUCCCGCAAUUUUCGGUGCUUGCAUCGGUAAAGCCGAUGGAUCGACGUGGCGGGUAUCUGUUCGCCGUUGUCAACCCGUACGAUACGAUGGUUGAUGUUGGCGUUCUUCUAGAGCCAGCUGGAUCUGGCCAAACAAACAUCUCGUUGAUCUAUUCAUCUCGACGUGAUACGACGUCAAAAGCAAUCGCAUCAUUCAUCGUCCCAGAGUUCGUUCAACAAUGGACACAGAUUGCUUUUGAAGUCAAUAAGGAUUCGGUCACUUUCUAUUUCAAAUGUGUACGAUUCGCAGAGCGGGAGAUUCUCGAUCAGGACCCCAAAUCAACAAAGUGUAAAUUUAACGGCACCAUGGGCCAAUUUAAACAAAAGCUUAAGAUCUGA